CCCUACCCCGAACUACAAUUCCCAGCAGCCCCAGCGCGAAUCCGCUUCCGGUUGGUGCCGGGCGGGGUCGUGCGGCCGAGAGCGGGCACCGGCAUCGGUCCCCGGAGCCGCCAUGGAGCGCGGCUGCGGGAUGGACACGUCGGAGCCGGGCAGCGCCGCCGAGGAGGAGGAGGAGAAGGCGCCGGAGCCGCGGCCCCGGACCCGCUCGAACCCGGAGGGUGCCGAGGACCGAGCGCUGAGCGCCCAGACCAGCGUCGGCAACCGCAGCGAGGGCGAGGGGGAGGCGGCCAGCGCCGACGGCAGCCCCCAGGGCACGGCCACCGCGCCCCACGGCACCGCCUGGCCCGGCCCUGCACCGCACAGCGAGGUGCAGGUCAAGACCCCGCGUGUGAACUGCCCAGAGAAGGUGAUCAUCUGCUUGGAUCUGGCAGAGGAGAUGGCGCUGCCCAAACUGGAGUCCUUUAAUGGCUCCGGCCCCGAUGUCAGGUCCAAGACCAACGCACUGAACAUCUCCCAGAAGAUGAUCGAGAUGUUUGUGAGGACCAAGCACAAGAUCGACAAGUGCCAUGAGUUUGCGCUGGUGGUGGUGAACAACGAUGCCACAUGGCUCUCAGGGUUCACCUCGGACCCCCGCGAGGUCUGCAGCUGCCUCUAUGACCUGGAGACUGUCGUCUGCAAGUCCUUCAAUCUGGAAGGACUCUUCAACCUGAUCCAGCAGAAGAUUGAGCUGCCAGUGACGGAGAACGUUCAGACCAUCCCUCCACCCUACGUGGUCCGGACCAUCCUGGUGUUUGGCCGCCCGGGCUGCCAGCCCCAGUUCUCCGUGUCGGAGCACAUGAAGAAGAUGCUGCAGUGUCCCUACUUCUUCUUUGACGUCAUUUACAUCCACAACGGGGUGGAGGAGAAGGACGAUGAGACGAGCUGGAAGGAGAUGUACAGCUUCUUCAGCAGCCUGGACACCAAAGGCACCAACUACAAGUACGAGGUGUCGCUGUCGGGGCCGGCCGUGGAGCUGCACAACUGCAUGGCCAAGCUGCUGGCGCAUCCGCUGCAGCGCCCCUUCCAGACACAUGCAGCGUAUGGGCUGCUGGAGGAGGACGAGCCCCCCGAGAUCGAGGCCACCGUCUGAGCCGGGGGGUGCCGGGGGGAUACUGUGCUGGAAUGGUGCUGGGGGAAAGAGAAGGGGCGAUUCCUGA